UACAGACAAUCUUUCUUAUAUCAAAUCAGCAAUUUUCUUUGAUUUCUUUUUGUCAAUGAGCUUUCCUUUCUCUAUGCUUCAUCCUUUCCCCCUCCCUCUUUUCAUUCAUUAUCUCCAUCUCCUUUACACUUGCUCUCAUUUUCUUUCUUUCCUUCUCUUUCCUCAUCCACUCUCGGUCUUCUCACAUUGUCAUUCUUUCAUUUCUUAGUCUCCUUAUCCAUUUCUCUUUCGCUGUUUCUCUUAUUUAUUCCUCCUUUCCUUCCAACACAUUCUCCGCUUUUUCUCUCACCUCACCUUACCUGUCUCUUUCCAUUUCAUUUCUCUCUUCAUUCUUUCUCUUUUCUUUAACUUGAUCUCUUUUAACACAUCUUCAUCAUUCAACAAAAAGCAAAGACAAAACAAACAAACAAACAAAUCUCUAUCUAUAACCUUCAUACAUUUUCCAGACGUGGGUACUCACAUAUGGAGAGAGAUUUAGUGUGAUCAAUAUUCAACGAAGAACUAUUGGAUAAAUUGUGUGGCAAUUCUCUUGUUCAUGGGGUAAUAUAUUCUUCUAGUGUGGAAGAAUGAUGUUGUUGAUUAUCGAAAUCUUAUGAAUUAUGUGUUUGGACUAUCAGAGCAUGUUAACAUCCAAGCUUGAGAACUGUGCUGCUAAACCACGGUUGAUUUGCUGUGAGUGUGCAGAAGUUGUGGUUUAUAAAACUUCCAGUAACAAUGAAACCGUUUGUCAGCAGUGUCUUUCAAGACGGACUGAGCGUAAAGAAACCAUUCAAGAAAUUGUACAGACAGAAGUCAACUACGGCAGAGACCUUAAAAUUAUUUUGGAGGAAUUUUAUAUACCUAUGAAGAAAGCCAAUCUUUUGGAAAAUAAAGAAUUAGCUUCAAUAUUUUUGAAUUUAGAGGAACUAGUUCAUGUUAAUGAAAAAUUCACCAAGCAGCUAUCAGGAAUAUUACAAGAAGCUUCCAAUAAAAAGGAUGAGGAUUACCAGAAAGUCAAUAUUGGUCAACUUUUUCAAGAAUACUUCCAUAUGUUCCAAGCUUUUGAAAAGUACUGUGUAAAUCAGACAUCUGCAAUAGAAAUCUUAGAACAGCUCGAAAGAGAUCGAGAAGUUCUACGGGCAUUCCUGCAAGUAUCGCAGGCUGAAAAUAGUCUACUCCGGCGUAUGAAUCUAAAAUCUUUUCUAAUGAUCCCUGUACAAAGAAUUAUGAAGUAUCCACUUCUACUGAACCGCCUUUAUAAAUCAACAGCAGCACGACAUGAAGACUGUGCCUUCUUACAUGAAGCGGUGGUUGGAAUUGAAAAAAUAUUGGAGGAGAUUAAUGCUAAAACGAAAAGCAGUGGUUCCAUGAAAUUAAAACGAAAACGUUCUGAAUUACGGAGACACAGUUCCACAGACAAAUUUGAGUUAGUUAAGACGGCACUGAAUCUACUUGAGUGGAACCAGCAUGAGGUCCAUGAUAUUCUGGUUGGUACUUUGCUAUACACUCAACCACAGGAUCACUUCUGGACAGCAAAGAAAUGUCGCAAUUUGAAAUUUACUCCAGUUCAUGCUCUUUUGCUGACACGUGGUGAGCCUCAACAAGAGAGCACAAUUACCAAGAAAUUACUGUUUACCCAGCAAUCCAUAGUAAGGCAGGCAGCCCUGGUACUGCUCCGAGGCAAAGGAGGGCGAUAUCAAGCUGUCAGAGAUCCUCUUUAUUUGGACAAAUGUGUCAUCACUGUGGAUCCAGUGUAUGAAGAAGUCUUCGAAGUUCAAGACUGGAAUAAAGAAUCAUAUCUCUUUAAGGGAGAAGAUGAUACUGAAACACAUCGCUGGGUUCAACAGCUUAAAAACCAGAGCAAAAAUCUCGGAGUUUGGUGGAGACGUCGAAAUGCUGUACCUGACAUCAAAACCAAUAACGAAGGACCUGCUGAUAACUGUGAGGACUCUUAAGCGAUUCAUAGUGUAUCUCAACAAUACACACACACACACACACACCACACACACACACACACACAACACACACACACACAUAUAUAUAUAUAUAUAUAUAUAUAUAUAUAUAUAUAU